CCCAAUUCCUGGGUAGUGUUGAUCGAUCACCCUGCUAUCCGAUCCUCUGGAGGAAUGUUAUCUCUGUUUUGAAGACCCUUCUGACACUCGUCUCCAUUCCACCAGCACUGAAAGUACAUUUUUUUUAUUAAAUGGGGUGCUGCACAUUUUUCUUUCACAAGAAAAGGUUAUAACUCGGUACCGGAAGUCCUAAGAAAGUAUGGCGGACCCUGCAAUGGUGGCCAACCUCAAAGAGGAUGUGGACGAGAUAUUGGAGCGCGUGCUCGUGGAAUGUGGCGGUCUUGGGAAACUGCAAUGGAUUCUCAUAUUCGUCGUCAUCGGGAGCAAGCUCGCUAUCACGUGGAGCAUGCUGAUGAUGACGUUCGCAGGUGCGACUCCGGAUUGGUGGUGCGCAUGGCAAAACCAAACUUCCGGUUUCAAUGACAGUUACGUGGAAUCUUUGAAAACGUGCAGUCCUCCAGCGAACUACUCUGUCGGAGACACGUGUAUGUCGAUUCGCUUCAGUGAUGAUAAGAAUACGAUUGUGAAUGAGUGGAACCUGAUUUGUGACGAGGAAUGGAUCGCCUCCACCAUCACUACAAUCCAGAUGGGAGGACUCCUGGCCAGCGGCUUCAUAGCGGGGCAAAUCGCCGACCUGAUAGGCAGGAAACCGACCUUCUUCCUGUCCCUACUCUUGCUGGCCGUCAGUAACCUCGUCUGUGGUUUCGCCGUCUCGUGGCAGAUGUUCGCCGCUGCUCGCUUCGUGAUCGGCCUGGCAUGCGGCAUGUACCUGACGGUGUUCUUUAACUUCGUGCUGGAGUUUAUCCCCAUCCGGUACCGGGCCAUGAUUAUGGCUAUCCCUGCAUGGCCGGUGUUUGCUGCGCUGUUUGGCCUGGUUUCGUGGUGGCUGAGAGAUUGGCAAUAUCUUCACUAUGCAUCCGCUAUAAUCACCGUACCAUUUUUAUUUGGAGUUUUUAUAAUUCCGGAGAGCUUUCGCUGGCUUGUGUCUCACUAUAAGACGAAACAGGCGGAAGUGGUGAUUGCUCGAAUUGCUGCCGUCAACGGCAAAAAGAAACCGGACGUGACGAAACUUAUUGAAAUAACCCGGAAAGAGGAAAAUAUGAAGCAAGACAAGAAAUACUCCAUUCUUGAUAUUUUCAAACAUAAAUCGCUGAUGAAGCAUUCAUUCCUGUUAUGGUUUAUAUGGCUUGCCAGUGGCUACUCUUACUACGCAAUAUCGUUCGGGGUUGAAGAACUUUCAGGAGACCUCUACUUAAACAUGUUUCUACUGAGUGCGGUCGAAAUUCCAGCACAAGCUGUCACGUGGUUCUUCAAUAAUUGCAUCGGAAGAAAGUGGACAUGCUGCCUGUUUUACAUGAUCGCUGCUCUGGGAGGUUUGGCCGUUGGGGUAGUGCAAGUUCUCAAUCCAGCCAACAGCUCAGCCAUUAUAAAUGGAUGCGCGAUGGUAGCAAAACUGGGUGUGGCUGCGGCGUGGGCGGCGUUAAUGACGUUUACAACGGAAACGUACCCAACGGUUGUCAGAAAUAUAGGAUACGGUUGUGCCAAUUCUAUUUCCCGUGUUGGUGCUAUGGUUGCCCCGCAAAUUGUUCAAUUAAGUAAAUCUGUUUCCGGGUUAAUGUACUUUCUAUGCGGGACUUUGAUGUUUUUGUCCUCCAUAUCUGCAGCGCUAGUUCCGGAAACAAAAGGAAAAUUCAUGGAAAAUCAGAUCCGGAAGUCCGGAAAAGCGGACGUGUACAAACUGGAGAGUGGUUCAGUAAAUGCAGAAAAAAAGAUAACAAUAUAGCCCCUCGGGUGAAUCAACAUAUAAACAAUGUUAUCGUUUAUUUGAUCUGUGCAUGUAUAAACAUUUUUGACAUGAUUACCUCGUUCUAGCUUCAAUGAAGCCUUUCUCAAAAGGUUUUCUUUUUAUGAACUAAGAGUUGAAAAAUGGACUGUAGGUUUGUGAAUUUAUUUACUCAAUAUUUUUGAUAAAACAUAUAAUUCUGGAUCAGAGUAAUGAAAAUAAAGUACAAAAUAGAAUAUUGAUCCAAUACAA